UAGAACGAUUACAAAGAGAGUCGCGAAAAUGGAAUGGAAGAAGGUUUCUCGUGCUGUGAUUUGCGACAAAAGAGAAAGAAAUAGGACGUCUAUAAACAGCUUGUUUCCCGAGAUCUUGACCAUUAUAUUUCGCUACUUGGAUUUACGUGAUAAAGGGCGCGUUUCUCAAGUCUGUCAAAAAUGGCGUGUCGCUGCUUAUGCGAAAUGUGUGUGGAGAUCAAUCGAAGCAAGACUUCAUUUUCGACCCUCCACACAGCAAUUAUUUCCAUCUUUAGUUGCCCGAGGGAUUCGUAAAAUACAAGUUCUAAGUUUGAAAGAUGAUCUGAAACAUUUAGUUCAUAAUAUGAAUAACAUUGAAUGCUUAAACUUGAAGGGAUGUUAUAAUGUUACAGAUGGUUGUAUAAGCGAGGCUUUUGUGACGACCAUGUCAACUUUGACAGUUCUCAAUGUUAGUCUUUGUAAGCAAGUGACCGAUGUCAGUGUCGAAAUAAUUUCUCGUUUCAUCAGCAACCUUGAAGUACUAGAUCUUGGUGGUUGUUGUAACAUUACAAAUGACGCUUUAAGGUUUUGCGCUGAAGGACUGAUGUGUCUGAAAAAUCUUAAUAUUCGUAGUUGCCGACAUGUUUCCGAUCUUGGUAUCGCUCACAUUUCUGGUUUAACGGAGUCUGUUGCGGGAAAUAUGGAUCUUAAUAACCUUUCACUUCAAGAUUGUCAGAAAAUUACAGAUGUUGCUUUAAGUAAUAUUGCAAGAGGUUUACAAAAGUUGGAGGUUUUAAAUCAGUUUUGUUGUGGUGUUCGUGAUAUUGGUCUUGCCCAUUUGGCGUCACUCAAAUGUUUGAAGAAGAUUAAUCUCAGAUCUUGUGAUAAUAUUGGUGAUGAAGGUGUAUCAACUCUAGCGUAUGGUUGCUCAUUUUUAACAAGUCUUGAUGUCAGCUUCUGUGACAGAAUUAGUGAUGAUUCAUUGAUACACAUUGCUCAUAGUCUUUAUAACUUGAAGCAUUUAGAGCUUGGAUCAUGUUGUAUAACAGAUGAAGGGCUACAUGCUAUUGCUAGGAAUUUACAAGAUAUUCGUGUCUUGAAUCUUGGCCAAUGCAUUAAUGUUACUGACACAGGCUUAUCAUACAUUGCAGAGAACCUUCGUAAUGUUACAAGUAUUGAUUUAUAUGGUUGCACCAAAGUGACCAAAACUGGUCUCAAUCAAAUUGUUCAAAUGCCAGAACUAUGUGUAUUAAAUCUUGGCCUUUGGCAAAGGUAGUUCAUUGCACUAUUUUGAAAAGAGUUUAUGUGUAUUAAGGCAUAUAUAUGUUUACAAAACAUUGUGCAAUAGUAUUUUUAUUGACACUCAAAUAUUAUGCAUCUUUCUUAUGCAAUACAAAUAUGUUCAUUCAUAAAAACUCUAUUUAUUGUUUGUUCUAUAAAGGAAUAGCUAACAGUCUGAAACUAGAAUGGUUGCACAAAGAGAUUAAUAAAGUCAGUGUCAAUAAAUUUGAGUUUUUUA